AGGUUGAGGGAUAUGAUGCAUAGGUCACAAGUUCGAACCCUACGUCAAACGAACUAAACCUAGUAUUUUUUUAAUUUAAAAAAAAAAAAAAUCUUUCCAUCCUCUCAAAAGCAUCUAUUUUUCGUAUGUAACACAUCCAAUUAUAGCUCAUGUAAGUUUAAAUUCGGAUCUGACUCUCUCUGCCCUGCCCUGUUGAAAAUUUUCGUUGUAUUGUCCCUGCCCCGCCUUGUCAGGUUAAGCUUUUCCUCUGCCCUGCCCUGCCCCACCCCAUUCCCGUAACUACUUUCAACUGAGUUUUGCUAAUCAUGAGACUUUGAUUUGUUAGCAAAUAACGCCUGCUUUCAUCAAUGAACGCAAGAAGAUGUUGGCGAAGACCUGCUUACUGCAAACGAAUGAAGGGAUAUUGCGGGAAGCAAAGAUAAUAAGAGAGAAUUCCAAUUUCUUCAUCUGUGAAGGAGACUGGCUACAGUUUGUGGUGUAUCACAAGCUGAGACCUGGGGAAAUCUUGCUCUUCUUACUCAUUGAAAAAUCGACGUUCCUUGUGGUGACCUACCCCCAGAAAAGUGGUAAAAACCUUCGUGGGAGGCAACCUUUUGAGGAACUCAGCAGUAGCUCAGAAGAGGAAAAUGAAGAGGACACGGAACCUUCAAGAAAUUCGAAGGAAUCAUCAGAUUCUGAGGAAGAACGCGCUGAUCCAUCCAGUUGCUCCAAAGAUGGGGAAAAUCCUAGCUACUCACAUUUAGAAGUUAAAUCCAAUGUCAAAGAUGAUGAAAUGAUCUGCUUGAAGAAGAAAGUUUCGGAACUAGAAUUGUCUGUCAGUGAUCUUGACAACCCUAAGUGGCCUCUAGGUUCUUUCUUUGUUUUCAUGGAUAAGUUUAAGAAGCGGUGCCUCGAGAUGAAUCCAAACAUCAAAUCUUUUGAUGCUGUCAAGAAAGCUGGCAGAUGCAAGUGGAAACGGAUAUCAGAUGCUGAGAAGUCUCCUUAUAUAGCAGAGGCAAAGAAAAAGAGCGUAGAAUAUGGUAAGGUCUUGGAUUCUUAUAACUGGCGAAUGGCUGCUGGAUAUGCCGAAGAAGGGGAAUCUGUCACACCAAGGUCCGAGUUUGAUCCAUCCAAUGGCUCCAAAGAUGGAGAAAAUCCUUGCUACUCACAUUUAGGUAACAUCCAUCUCCUUGUACUUUUGAUAUAUCUAAUUGUUUUCAGUUUAUCUGUAGAGCACAAUGAAUAGAAAUGUUGUCGUUAGAUCAAACCGACUAAUCUGGAUUGGUCCUAAUUGUUGUUUUACCUAUACUAAGUUUUCUAUAUUUGUUAUUGUUUUAGUCUAGUUAGAGACAUGGAUGUUAUCCUGAAUAUAAGUAUGACAUCCCCUUGGAGUCCCUCACCAAAGCCCUUCUCAUCUCUUCCCUAUCAGCCCAUUUACACACACCUCACACGCCACAACAAAGCUGUGAAAUGUCUUUUUGUUUCUCUCUAUCUCGUUCAUUUUCUCAACCGUA